UGCAGAAGCACCGGUAAUCUUAUUUUAUACAAUACAUAAAAGAAAUAUAUAAAUAAUCCAAAUGUUGUCAUUAGUUUAAUAAAUUAGCAACCAAUAAUAGAAAGCCUUGUGUGUUAAGUACAAUAAGCAAUAAUUGGCCUAUGCGUUAAUGCGCAAUCAACGAGCAUCGGCAACGUCAAAAUGGAUCUGCUUGACUCAAUACUUAACUCAAUGGAUGCUCCGCCAACCACAAAUGAACAGCAAAAGACGCUGAUCAAAAAACAGCGGGAAAUGGUGGAGCGGAUGCAAAACAAGCAAAAGGAAGAGCUGUUGCGAUUUCGAAAGUACGUCGAGGAAAGGAUGGGACGAUUUGCUAAGGAUGAUCGCACAUACAUUGAGUUCCAGCCGUUGGACAAGGUGCAUCGCUCAGUUAUACACGAAAUAGCGGAGAAUGGUGGUUUCAUAGCAAUGAGCUUUGGUCGCGAGGACGAGGACCGGCACUCGGUAGUCUACAAGAAGGAACACCCACCCAGCGAGGACGAGGUAACAGCCCGUCGUAACGGCGAAGGCUGGAGCAAGGACAUAGCCAAAGAAUACUCUGAGCGGCGGAAAGAGCGCCUGGCCCAGGAGCAAAGUCUGAUCGACAAGCAAUCCACGUCUGAAGCGGGCUCCAGCGCAGCCCACAGCAGCAGCGCGGACACAAGCGCUGAAGUGAAACCAACCUCCAAUUAUAAAACAAAAUAUGCCCACCUUAUCGGCGAAUCGGCGGCUCUGCAAGCAGCCCGCAAAACAGAAACAAAUCAGAGCUACGGCUUUGUGCCCAGCAAGAACAAAAAGGACAUGCGCUCCAUUGAGCAGACGCUGGCCGACAUACAGGCCAAGAAGCGUUUGAAAUUGCAACAGCAGCAGCAGGAGCAGGAACAGGAGCAGGAACACGAACUGACAGCGUCACAGGCUGAGAAUCACGACGCAGAACAGCGAUAAAAAUAAGUUUGUGCGGAAAAUAGAAUUAAGAUAAUGUAUGUAUGUUUUGUUAGUUAUUCACAGUUAAUCUGAUGAGAAGUCAGUUUAAAUGUUGGGCAUACACGAAUAUGUUCACAAAUAUGUAUCUGAAAGCAAUUUAAAUUGUUAGCCAGUUAAGAACAUUAGCUGCGGAUUUUUUAAAAAAGAAGUUAUAUCAACUGCAGUGUCCAAUUA